CAUUAGCAAAAUAAUCUCUCUUUCACAGGCCGCAGAGACAAAAAUGGCUCUGCUUCUGACCUCACAACCCUUACUCUGCUUCAAAAGAUCUAAACCCAUUAACCUCUUCUCGCUUCGAUCCGUAAACCCUUCUCUCUCCUUCUCCGAUCAUUCAACAAACUCUAAAUUCUCAUCUUUUCGCAUCUACUCUUCGUAUUCUCGUGAUGACAGCGAACCAGAUUCGUUCUCUGCUCGAAUUCCGAUCAAUAAACCGCAGCAAAAUGAAGAUUCUGACGAAAAAUCCGCUGCUAAAUCUUCCGAAGAUUCUGUAGACGACGAUGGAUCGGCAGUUGCUAUCACCGAUGAAUGGGGAGAGAAAGCCGAACCCGAACCUGAACCAGAGGCUUCAUACACGAAGUUCUCGGAUGCUGAUCCUCCGAAAGAUAAUGAGGACGAGUGGAAAGAAGAGGAAGCCAAGGAUUAUAUGUAUGGAAAUGGAAGUCCGACUAGUGAUGCGGUGUAUGAUAAGCUUGAUGACUUGAAAAAGGCUUUGGUUGAUACGGUUUAUGGGACUGAAUUGGGGUUUCGAGCAUCAGCUGAAGUUAGGGCUGAGGUGCUGGAGUUGGUGAAUCAGCUAGAAGUUUCGAAUCCGACUUUGGCUCCGGUGACGGCACCGUCUAUGCUUGACGGAAACUGGGUUUUACUGUACACAGCAUUUUCUGAGCUGUUGCCUCUUCUAGCAGCUGGGGCAACUCCAUUGUUGAAGGUUAAAAGGAUAUGCCAGAAGAUUGACAUGCAAAAUCUCACCAUAGACAACUCUGUCACAUUCUCCAGCCCUUUCGCCACUUUUUCCUUCAGCGCAGGUGCUACUUUUGAGGUUCGAAGUCCUUCAAGGAUACAGGUCCAAUUCAAGGAAGGAACUUUUCAGCCUCCGGAAAUAAAGCCAAAUGUUGAUCUUCCUGGUGAUGUAGAGGUUUUUGGGCAGAAAAUCAAUUUGGCACCUCUACAGCAGUCUCUCACUCCAGUACAAGAAGCCGUGGCAAGCAUUUCAAGUGCAAUCUCAGGCCAGCCACCUCUCAAGGUUCCAAUUCCUGGGGAGAGGUCCAGUUCUUGGCUUCUGAUAACUUACCUUGAUGAUGAUCUUCGGAUCUCAAGAGGUGAUGGCGGCUUGUUUGUGCUUGCCAAAGAAGGAAGUUCUCUUCUUUAUCAGUAGCAAUGAUACCUCAAGGUAAUCAGGGGAAGAGCGGAGGAC